CCUUGCGGGAAGAAUAGGAGCUGAGGCUGAUGCCCCCAUUAAAUAGGGCCGGUUAAGGAAGUCCCGCCCCCCAUACAAACCUAUACAGUAUAUUAUUUUCUCGGGUGGGUGACCUCCGCGUGCCCCAAGGCGGAAGGUGGAACUUCCUGUUCCGAUCCGGGCGAGGACGCUAGUGUGGGCUGGGAAACAACCAGGUGGUCGGCUUCGUUGAGCGCGUUGUCCGGAGAGGCUGCGCCUCAUCGCUGUGUAGGGACUUGGGGGCGGGAGGCCGCGCGCGCAGUGGGACGGGGUGAAAACGGAGGCCGGAGCUGAGGGAGAAGAAGCGGCAAGAAGCAGCAGCAGGAGGCGACGACGACGACCGCCCGCUCGCCUUGCCGGAAACCAAAACGGAGGGGCCAUUGGCUGGGGGAUGGAAGCGGAGAAAAUGGAUGAGAAUGAAUGGCGAUACCACGGGGAAGGCAACAAGAGCCUCGUCGUCUCCCACAGACAGCGUUGUGUGGUACUACGUUUUUUGAAGUUUCCUCCAAAUCGAGACAAGACACCAGAAGAAAUCUUUCAACAUCUUCAGAACAUAGUAUACUUUGGCAAACACAUAAUGAAGCAGUUUUUUGGGGAGAAGUAUGUUCACCAUGGGGAAGUUGUGCAGCUGUCUUUGGACUUUCUGAAACAGCUUUGUUUAAAGAUCCAGUCAGAGAGGCCAGAGUCUCGCUGUGAUAAAGACAUGGAUGCUCUUAGUGGUUAUGCUAUGUGCCUUCCUAACCUUACUAGGCUACAUGUUGUUGAACAUCGACCAAUACUUUGUGUAGAGAUUAAGCCCAAAUGUGGCUUCCUCCCUUUCUCCAGUCAUGUUUCACAGGAGAUAAAGCACAAAGUAUGUCGUUACUGCAUGCAUCAACAUCUAAAGGUAGCAAAAGGAAAGUGGAAACGGCAAAGUAAAUAUUGUCCUCUGGAUCUCUUCUCAGGAAAUAAACAGCGAAUGCACUUUGCCUUGAGAAGUCUGCUACAGGAAGCACAGAAUAACUUAAAAAUAUUUAAGAAUGGUGAACUAAUUUAUGGUUGUAAAGAUAAUGAGGACGCUCUCUCUGAUUUGAAUGAACUUGCUUGCCACCUGAAGCCUUUUUUCUUUCCUUCAAAUGGCCUGGUCAAUGGAACUCAUUGUACACGGACAGUUCUGAAAGAAUUAAUCCAUGUAAUAACAAUGGCUCUACUGAGUAGCACAGAUGCCUGCAAAGCAGGUGAUAUGAAGACAGUUCCCUCCUCACAAGGAAGGAGUUUCUGUGAAGCUAGUGCUUUCAGUAAAGAAAUAGCAAGAAAUGGCAAAAAUAAAAUGGAGACCUCUGGCUUGCCCAAAGAAUGUCUCCUCUACAAAACACUCCAGGCUCAGAUGCUGGAUAUGCUGGAUAUUGAGGGUGUAUAUCCUUUGUACAACAGAGUGGAGCAAUACUUGGAAGAGUUUCCCAAAGAGAGGAAUGUGUUACAGAUAGAUGGGCCUUAUAAUGAAUCAUUCUAUGAGAAGCUACUAGAUAUCUCAACUGAAGAUGAUGGAACAGUAGCAUAUGCACUGACAAAGGUUCAGCAGUACAGAGUUGCAAUGACAGCAAAGGACUGCUCCAUUAUGAUUGCCCUCUCUCCUUGUCAGCAGGAUGAAUGUGCAGUGCAGAGGCCACUGGUUUUAACUUCUAAAUCAAGAUUCACCUUUUCCGUCUCCGUCUUGGACCUAGACCUUAAGCCAUAUGAAAGCAUUCACCAUCAGUACAAACUUGAUAGGAAGAUAGUAAACUUCUAUUUGAAGAACACACAGGCCAAAGACGACUCGGUGAUGUCAAAUCUCUUGAAAGAAAAUGAAGACUGCACACUACUUCUCCAUAAAAUGUAACUGGCUAAAUAUUUAUCAAACACAGAAUGGGAAUAAUUAAGUUAUGUUGGUUUUCUAUUAUUUUCAGUUGUGCUUUAAAUUUAUCUGCCUUUCAGAAACACAGAAUACCACUCAGACUACCUUGAAGGAAUGUAUUUAUGGUAAAAGAGUUAGACAGACAUAUGCACCCUACAAACCCUUAGUAAACUGGUUGCUGGGAAAGUAGUUAAGUUUGAAUCAAAUGACUACUGUAUGAAGCAGAGAAGUGAGUAUCUUGAAUUUAAUUCUUCAAUGCAGGGAACCAGUGUUCCUAUGAGGUUUGCAGAUGAAACUUUGCAAACAAUAGUAUGUGAAUUGCUGAAUAGCACUUGCUCAAAUUAAUUGUAAAAGUGAACCAGCUCCUAUUUAAAGUAGUUAUUAAGCUGGAGAGUGGAUAUAUGGUGCUGCCUAGGUUUUCAGCUUGAAUCUUAAUAUUUUUUAGUCUUGUGACAAAAUAUGAGUUUGGUUGUUUCCAAAAAUGGUAUUGUAGUGGCCAUUCUAAAAAAGCGAUUGGAACACAUUUGAGUAAACUUACAAAACAAAGGAAACUUAAUGAUAUAGAGAAAAACAGCCUUAUCAAACUAAACCAGCUCUUCCUUACUCAAAUAGGUGUUGCUUUUAAAAGUUCACUAGAACGAUUUAAUUAUGAAGCUCUUUCAAAUGGUCCAGUGUUAACACAAUUACAUUCAAUUGUCCCCCCGCCCCCCGAUAUUCUUAACUCCAUGUAAAAUAACUAUACAUGUGCCUCAUUUAUAUACAGAAACCUUCCAGUAAAGCAAGCCAUCCUGUGUUUUGCUGCUGUGGGAAGCAUUUGUGAAGUCUAAAACAGUGGCUUUAUUAUCCCUGCCCAUGAGUGAUAAGUUUUGUACUUAAUAUUUUGUUGAUUUCCCCCUUCUACAUUAAACACCUGCAACUCUCCCAGAGCUGGGUAAAAUAAAGUCAUUGCUAAUUGAGAUGUUCCUCAAAGUGAACUAUGAAUUAGAAACUUACCUCACAUUAGUUAUUAGUUAGCAAGGAGCAUUUUCUCUAGAAGUGCCUGUGCAUGAUUAUUACUGUCUCUUGCCCUAUCUUGCAUACAGAUAAUAGGAUAUAUGCCUCAGGUUUGGCAGGCUGCAGGGCUCAUCUGCUCAGACUCUUUUCCCACUGUGCUGUGCAAUGGCAAUAGGCUUCUCUUAUUGUAUAGGAAUAUUACUGUUCUUAUUCUGGCUGUGUGACUUGAGCCUCUGAAUUCAAAAUGCUGGAAAGGCAAGUCAUGUCAUGGGCUUUUUGUAGAACAGGAGAAACUUUCAUAGGGGUUGCCUGGUGGCAAGAUACUUGAAGUGGGUGAAGGCUAUCUGUGAGAAACCCAGAUUUUAAGCUGCUUUAGCCAUUCAAAAAUUAGUAUCUGUAUUUAACUGUAGACAUUUAUGUUCUAACUGACAUUUUGUGUGUGUCAUCAGUGAUCCAGUUUAUUCAUUGUUUUUAAGGUACAGUAUCUAUCCCUAAAAAUCUGCAAGAAUACGCUUGCCAUUACCAAUUAAGCUGCUACAGUUAACAUUAAAUAUAAUGGUAACAUUUCAAAACUUGUAUAAUUUGAAUACUUGUUCUCAUCUUACACAGAACAUAAUUUUGUUAGUGUCUCUAGUCAUUCCCAUUACUUCUAAAAACUGUCUUGUGAUAGCUGUACAGCUUAAUUAUGAGAUGUGGUUAUAUAGAGGUUACAGACCUCAAUUCACAGGAUGUCAAGGAGCCCAACUGCAGGUUAAGGCAUUUAUCUAGAAUAAGACUUAUAACUAGGUUGAAGUUAGUAAACUGCUAUGCCUAAUGAUUGGUUACAAUCAGUACUUAAAUUUGUUAGCUGACUGAAGUGUCAGGUAAUAUCUUAUAUCAGGUUUCCUCUUGGUAUGUAAAGGUUCUGCAAGGAAGACUGUCAUUCCCAUAUUCCGAAGCAAUAAGCAAAACAAGGCAAUGGCACAAAUAGAUGUGCAGCAAAGCUUAUUUGAUUUUGCAUAUUCUGGUCAGAACUAACUGAUCAGAAGUAGGUAAAAUUCUACAUUUAUAAUCUAGGGCCAGGGUGAAUUAAAUUGCUGUUUAAGGUGUUUGCUUGAGGACUAGGUUUCCACCUUUUGAGAACAGCUACAAAGCUUGCUUUUACGCAAAUACUGUUGCGGCACUCAAAAAGAGCAGGGAGACCUUUGAAAUGGUUGCGCUACUUAACUUGGAAAGCAAAAAACAGCAAGAACAUGGGAUAAGUUGUAUGUGGGUCAAUGAUCUUGACCUUGCUAUUUUCAUUAUAAGCAAUCCUCGGACUAAAAAUAAAUAGGUUACAUUUUGUAAAUUAUAGCUAUGCCUUCUGAUCCAUUGUAAAUUAAAAUUUCACAAUUCUAUUUUAUGAAAGGUUUGAUAAACCUGGUUUUGCCUUUAAUCACUGAUUGCGGAAAGAAGUAGUUGCGAUAUUGAGUGAAGUGUUUUGCAUCUUGAAACUUCCUUUCAUUUAACUUUUCAGUGUCAUUUCUAAGAAUCUGUUACAUAUACAGCUGUGAACAGAAACUGUCACUUUUAUAAACUUGAGUUUACCAGGUUGAUCUGAAGAGGUUCUAGGAAAUGCUGUGGAGGGGGGGGGGAAAGAAACCACUUCGAUUCAGAAAGUUAACUUUUUAAAAAUAAAAUUCACUUAUCUAUUUGGCAUUUUGUAUUUAAAAUGGCUGUAUUUAUUUGUCAUGAUGAUUUAUAUAUAUAUGUGCCAUAAUUGUACAGAUAGCAUGUUUUAUGGGUUUGAUUUCUAAAUGAAAAAUAACUUAAUGUUUAUAUUCAAUAAACUAUAGAUGCAUA